AUGGUAGCGUUCUACGUUGGACUGCUGCAGAGUAGCUGUAGUAGUUCAGUUGAAUUGUGGGCUGAAGAAGAAGAGGAGUCUGCCUCUGCCUCACCCUCACCUCACCCUGAAUCCCACUGUUAUGAGCCCGAGCUGGAGUUUCAGGUCUACUCUGAGCCCCAGGAGGUGCUGGUGCCAGAACAGCCACAGUCCCUGUCUUCUGCUAAGCUCCCUGAGUGCUCUGCUGAGCAGUUCCUGGAUAUGCUGCCGCCUGCAGAUUCCAUGCCACCCAAGCCAGCAGGUCCCGAGCCAGCACCUCUCGCGCCACCUGAGCCACUAUGUCCCAAGUCAGUGCCAUCUGUGGCACUCGAGCUUUAGCUAGAGGGUCCUAACGCUGGAGGGUCAAGCC